CAUGGCUAUAAGCAGGAAAGACAGCUUCCUCUGGGGGAGAGCUCCAAUGAAACAACCCCUGACAGAGAGGAGGCAGAGUGGCACCAUUAAGACUCACAAGUUUGAGCCGCCGGAUGAUAUCCAGAAGCAGAGGUUACACAAUAAUCACGUCAUGCCAGAUAUCCACAACCUUGAUCUGGAGGAGCAGAAUAAAAAUGUUGCGAGGAACAGACGAUUUCUAAAUGGGAAAAAGAAAUUCAACAUGGACCCUGAAAAAGGUGUUCAUUACCUGGUUGAAAAUGGCCUGCUGGAAUGGGAAGCAGAGUCGGUGGCAGAGUUUCUGUACAAAGAGGAGGGACUGAACAAGACCGCCAUAGGAAAUUUCCUCGGAGAGAGGAAGGAAAUGCAUCUGGAGGUGCUGAAAGCCUUCGUGGGCCUGCAUGAAUUCUCAGACCUGAAUCUGGUGCAGGCACUCAGGCAGUUUCUAUGGAGCUUUCGUCUCCCGGGAGAAGCUCAGAAGAUUGACAGGAUGAUGGAGGCAUUUGCAAGCCGCUAUUGUGACUGUAACCCGGGGGUCUUCCAAUCCACAGACACAUGCUACAUCCUGUCUUUUUCCAUCAUCAUGCUCAACACGAGUCUACACAACCCCAACGUGAAAGACAAGCCCAGUCUGCAGCGCUUUGUCGCCAUGAACCGGGGGAUCAACAACGGGGAAGAUCUGCCCACCGAGCUCCUCACGAGCUUGUACACGAGCAUCCGCAGCGAACCGUUCAAAAUCCCAGUGGAUGAUGGGAACGACCUCACGUUGACAUUUUUUAAUCCAGAUAGAGAGGGCUGGCUCCUUAAAAUGGGUGGCCGAGUUAAAACCUGGAAGAGGCGGUGGUUCAUUUUGACGGACAGCUGCCUUUAUUACUUUGAAUACACCACAGAUAAAGACCCAAUCGGGAUUAUUCCUCUGGAGAACCUGUGUGUCAGGGAGGUCCAGUACACAGGCAAACCGUAUUGUCUGGAGUUAUAUAACCCCCAAGGACAAAAGAUCAAGGCCUGCAAGACAGAGAACAAAGGCAAAGUGGUGCAGGGUAAACACCAGUACUACAGAUUCAGCGCAGCCAACGCAGACGAACGGGACGACUGGAUGAAUGCGAUCAGGGCAAGCGUCACCAAAGACCCUUUUUAUGACUUGGUGGUACUACGCAAGAGGAAGAUCAUCAACAACGCUUCCUCACCGGCCUGAAACACGAGACACGAGAGGAUCCUGGGCGUGUUCAUGUGACUCCAGAAAAUACCAUAAAAGCAGCACAUCACAGCAAAAGCAUGCACAUUUUGGAAGUGACACUUGAAGUGUUAAAAAAGAUAUUUGUGAGCUGUUGAAUGACCCAUCCUUCAAAAAAAAUCAUCACCAAACUUCAAAACUUCUGAAAAACUGCACGCACUACUGCUCCGAGUUCAGGGGCUGAUGACUCCUACUGACACACAUCUGCAGUUCAGCUAAAGACCAAACUUUAAAUUAAAAGAUGUCUCUGAUUGGAUCAGUUGGAGAAAUGUAAUGUAGCACUUUGUUAAACCAGCUUCUGAGUUUAAGUUUUAAAUGAAGGGUUUUUAGAGAAAAUGGCAGUUAACCAUCAAAAUCAUGUAAACGACUCAUUUUUCCUCUUAAUGAGUGUCACCACUUACAGCACAGUGAUUUAAUACUCAAAUUAACUGCAUAUAGAUUUUUUUUUAAAGCUAUAAAAUGAAAUGUUUAUAAAUAGGUGGAAAUUGUACAGCAAGUUUUAUUCAGUAAGUUGUAAGUAUUUUUUAUAAUGUUGUAUUUUUUAACAUUGUUCAAAUGAUUUUAUGUAUAAUUUAAUGAAUUUAUGUAUAAUUU